AUGAACAGUCGUCAAAUAAUAUUCGAUAUUACUAGUUAUAGACCUUUGUAUGGUCCACGUGAAAUUCCAUUCACCAGAAUAGCACAUAGUACACACCUAAAAGACAAGUUAAUAAAAAUGCUACGCACAGUAUCCGAUAAUGGACCCGGAAUACAUUUUAAGGGAAAAAAACAUGAUGACUAUGGUAGAUUACCGGUUCUAAGUUGGUGGGGCAUUAUACCUGAUAAAGAUUCAAUGCUUGGACAUCCAGUGGCUCAUUUUAAUUCAAAUCGUUCAAAUACUUUUAAACGCACCAAUCGUUAUGGUCCAAUCUGUUUUUCUAUACCAUUAAAAAAUGUACCAGGUGAAUUCUAUUGUGGUGGCACUCGUACAUUUACACAUGAAUAUGCUCAUACAACCAUUAUUAACAUAAACAAGGCAUGUAUUCCAGAAAUAUAUCCGAAAAGUAAAUUCCGACGUGAUUCAGAAGUAGAUGAUCGAAAUACAGCACUUUAUUCUAUUAUUCCUAAAAAAUUAAUUAAAACCUAUGGCAACAAUCAUUAUUUAUGGCGAUGUUAUCGUUGGGGUAAUAGUGAAGAUCCGAAAGAAAUCAAUUAUCAAUGGGAUCAUCCAGAGUUUGCAAUUGUUGCUGGCAAAGACGGUUUUGAUUUUACUGCUGCUCAAGGUUUACGAAUACAUUUUGUUGACCAUAAGAAAGCACUUUGUGUGAAAAGUAAAUCUCCAUAUGAUGAAAUUUGUGAUAUGUGUUGGACGGCAAAAGAAGCUUGCACAGAAUUUGUACACAUUAUACAUGAAAAUGGUAUGAUAUUUGAAAAUUUUCAGCCGUUUUUUGAACAAGAAAUCUGGAAUAAAUUGGUUAUGGUUAAGGAUAAACUUUAUAAAUCACUUCCUGAUUUUGAUGAAAUUGUUAUGGAUGGCACCGAAUAG